AUUUCCCUGCGCUAAGGAAGCUCUUUCGCGUUGGUGUAAAGUCAGCUUCGUCGUCCCUCUUCUCCUCCGAUUCUUAGGGUUGUUCUGCUCUCAAAAUAUCGAAAAUUUAAGCUAAGAAGUAGGGAUCUGUCUGAAUUGUUCUUGAUCCACGGAAAGAUGACGACUAUGGAGAGCUUGAUCGGGUUGGUAAACAGGAUCCAGAGAGCAUGUACCAUGCUCGGAGACUAUGGUGGCGGCGACAAUGCUUUCUCUUCCCUAUGGGAGGCUCUUCCUUCUGUCGCUGUUGUUGGUGGACAGAGUUCGGGAAAAUCGUCCGUGUUGGAGAGCAUAGUCGGCCGAGACUUUCUUCCCAGAGGAUCUGGAAUUGUGACGAGAAGGCCCCUGGUGUUGCAGCUUCAUAAGACAGAGCAAGGAUCACAAGAGUAUGCUGAGUUUCUUCAUCUACCCAAGAGGAGAUUCUCUGAUUUCUCACUUGUCCGCAAAGAAAUCCAGGAUGAAACUGACAGGAUAACUGGGAAGACAAAACAGAUAUCAGCUGUUCCUAUUCAUCUCAGUAUCUACUCUCCAUAUGUUGUCAACUUGACGCUGAUUGACUUGCCGGGUUUGACAAAAGUUGCUAUUGAGGGACAGCCUGAGAGUAUUGUUCAAGACAUUGAAAACAUGGUUCGAACUUAUGUUGAGAAGCCUAAUUGUAUCAUACUAGCUAUAUCUCCAGCCAAUCAAGAUAUAGCAACUUCAGAUGCUAUCAAACUUGCCAGGGAAGUAGAUCCCAGUGGUGAACGAACAUUUGGGGUCCUAACUAAGCUUGACUUAAUGGACAAAGGAACUAAUGCAUUGGAUGUUCUUGAAGGGAGAUCUUACCGGUUGCAGCACCCAUGGGUAGGAAUUGUGAACCGUUCGCAGGCUGAUAUCAACAAAAAUGUUGACAUGAUUGUGGCAAGGCGCAAGGAGCGUGAAUAUUUUGCAACUAGUCCUGACUAUAGUCACUUAGCAAGUAAAAUGGGUUCUGAGUAUCUUGCGAAACUCCUCUCACAGCAUCUGGAGUCUGUAAUUAGAGCUCGGAUACCAAGUAUCACGUCCUUGAUUAAUAAAAGCAUUGAAGAACUAGAGAAGGAGAUGGACCAUCUUGGCAGGCCUAUUGCUCUUGAUGCAGGGGCUCAACUUUACACCAUAUUAGAACUCUGUCGUGCAUUUGAUCGGAUAUUCAAGGAGCAUCUUGAUGGAGGGCGACCAGGAGGUGAUCGUAUUUAUGGAGUCUUUGACAACCAGCUUCCUGCUGCUUUAAGAAAGCUUCCAUUUGAUCGGCAUCUUUCGCUGCAAAAUGUUAAGAGAGUGGUCUCAGAGGCAGAUGGUUAUCAGCCACACUUGAUUGCCCCUGAGCAAGGUUACCGAAGGCUGAUUGAAGGUGCCCUAAACCAUUUCAGGGGCCCAGCUGAAGCUUCUGUGGAUGCUGUUCACUUUGUCCUGAAAGAACUUGUGCGCAAGUCAAUAGGAGAAACUCAGGAAUUGAAGCGCUUUCCAACUUUGCAAGCUGAAAUAGCAGCAGCUUCUAAUGAAGCCUUGGAGAAGUUCCGGGAUGAAAGUAAGAAGACGGUUAUUCGAUUGGUGGAUAUGGAAUCUUCAUAUUUAACAGUUGAUUUCUUCCGAAGGCUUCCCCAGGAAAUAGAGAAAAUAGGAAAUGCUGCCAACCCUGCUACCCCUGCUGCCCCUGCUGUAGACCGUUAUGCAGAGGGCCAUUUCCGGAGAAUAGGGUCAAAUGUAUCAUCUUAUGUGAAUAUGGUGUCUGAGACACUCAGGCUUACAAUUCCAAAGGCUGUGGUUUAUUGUCAAGUUAGAGAGGCCAAACAGUCACUGCUGAACUACUUCUACACACAAAUUGGGAAGAAAGAGGCUAAGCAGCUCUCACAGUUGUUAGACGAAGACCCUGCAUUGAUGGAAAGGAGACUGCAGUGUGCAAAGAGACUGGAACUAUACAAAGCUGCGAGGGAUGAGAUUGAUUCAGUAUCAUGGGCCAGAUGAGAUACCGCGUAUUAUAACUCUGAACGAUUCAUCCAUGCUAUUAAUUUUAUUAAUUGUUGGACGGCCGAGAUUCUUUCUUAGAUUCAUGUUUGUGUAAUUCUUUAUUACUGUCGUUGGGAUCGGUAUACUUAUUCUUAUGAUGUUUGAUAUAUUUUAAAUCUAAUUGAGGUUUUGACAUUUUGUUACACAUAAAUCCCCUCAUCUCUA